UGUUCGACGUUGACUGGUGUGAGAGGAAGCUCCGAGAAAUCCUGGAUUUGGAAACCUCGAACAAAUUUUCGUCCAUAGUUCUCCCUCUCUCUCUCACUCUCUUUCUAUUUUGAUCCAAGCGAAAUUAUGUCCAAAUUUCGCUCUCUGUUAUUCAUCUUCUUGAUUUCGAUUGCAUCGGUUGUUCGAGAAUCCAUUUGUUCGUCUGCUCGUUCGGCGAGCACCACCGUAGAUCCUAGUAAAGUGAAGCAGAUUUCAUGGAAACCAAGAGCUUUUGUAUAUGAAGGUUUUCUCACGGACCUAGAAUGCGACCACCUGAUUUCUAUUGCGAGAUCCGAGCUAAAGAGAUCUGAGGUUGCUGAUAAUGAGUCAGGAAAGAGCAAGCUCAGUACUGUUCGAACGAGCUCAGGAAUGUUCAUUCCUAAGAGCAAGGAUGCUAUUGUUUCUGGCAUAGAGGACAAAAUUGCUGCGUGGACUUUUCUUCCAAAAGAAAAUGGGGAAGACAUUCAGGUAUUGAGAUAUGAGCAUGGGCAGAGAUAUGAAUCACACUAUGAUUACUUUGUUGACAAGGUGAAUAUUGCCUGGGGAGGACAUCGUUUGGCUACUGUCCUCAUGUAUCUCUCUGAUGUGACCAAAGGCGGUGAAACAGUUUUCCCAAUGGCAGAGAAAUCUCCCCACAGGAGGGCUUCUGAAACAGACGAGGAUCUCUCAGAGUGUGCAAGGAAAGGAAUCGCAGUGAAACCAAAGAAAGGCGAUGCCCUUCUCUUCUUUAGCCUUGAACCAAAUGCCAUACCAGAUACCAAAAGUCUACAUGGAGGUUGCCCUGUCCUUGAAGGAGAAAAAUGGUCAGCAACAAAGUGGAUUCACGUAGAUUCUUUCAGCAAAAACUUAGCAAACGUUGGGAACUGUACGGAUCUAAAUGAAAGCUGUGAGAGAUGGGCUGCCUUAGGAGAAUGCACCAAAAACCCAGAGUACAUGGUCGGAUCUCCAGAGCUUCCUGGCUACUGUCGGAGGAGUUGCAGGACCUGUUGAUCUCAACAGUAUGUUCUUUCCACUCAUAAAUUUCCAUACCUUUUAGUCGAUAAAAUUCAUGUCUUUGGUGAAUAUUAAUUGUGGUAUUUUUAAAUUAUUGGGUUAGUUUAAAUUUCCUUUCCUUUCCUUUUGAGUGGCACUUUGCUUUGUUUUCCAUAGUGAGGUACCGUUUCUUCUAAAAGGAAAUACAUAAUGACUUAGAUAAAGUAGUCACUCA